AAUUAUUAUUGUUAAUCAAUUAAUUUUACAACUACCAUUGGGUAAUCCGUACAAUGCCGUCUGACGCUAAAAAACGCGAGCAACAACGGAAAAAAGAAGCUUCUAAAGCUCGUCAGGCUGGAAAGAAAACGCAAAAUAAUACUAAACAAGAUGAAAAGAAUAAUUCAAUAACUAACGGCGAUUGUGAACAAAACGGAUUAAGUGCAGAAGAAGCACUUUGUAAAAAGUUAGAAGCAGAUGCCAGGUUAAAUGCAGAAGCAAGAGCUUGCACUGGGAGCUUGGCUGUACAUCCUAAAUCAAGAGAUAUCAAAAUUGAAAAUUUCUCUAUCACUUUCCAUGGCUGUGAAAUGUUGCAAGAUGCACUGUUGGAAUUGAACUGUGGUCGACGUUAUGGUUUGUUGGGACCCAAUGGCUGUGGAAAAUCAACCAUUAUGGCAGUUCUUGGAAAUAGAGAAGUUCCUAUCCCUGAACAUAUUGAUAUAUUUCAUUUGACAAGAGAGAUGCCAGCCUCUGAUAAAAGUGCUUUGCAGUGUGUUAUGGAAGUUGAUGAAGAAAGAUUAAGGCUAGAAAAACUUGCUGAAGCACUUGUUGAAUGUCAAGAUGAUGAUUCUCAAGAACAACUUAUGGAUGUGUAUGAGCGUUUGGAUGAUAUUUCGGCUGAUACUGCAGAAGCGAGAGCUGCAGAAAUCUUACAUGGUUUAGGAUUUAACAAGGAGAUGCAGCAGCAAAAAACCAGAGAUUUCAGUGGUGGUUGGAGAAUGAGGAUUGCACUUGCCAGGGCUCUGUAUGUCAAACCACAUCUGUUACUGUUGGAUGAGCCCACCAAUCAUCUUGAUUUAGAUGCUUGUGUAUGGUUGGAAGAGUAUUUGAAAAAUUACAAGAGGAUUUUGGUGAUUAUUUCUCAUUCACAAGAUUUCUUAAAUGGUGUGUGUACAAACAUCAUCCAUGUAACAAAAAAACGUCUAAAGUACUACACAGGUAAUUAUGAUGCUUUUGUCCGCACAAGAAUGGAACUGCUGGAAAAUCAAAUGAAGCAAUAUAACUGGGAACAAGAUCAGAUCAAUCAUAUGAAGAACUACAUUGCCAGAUUUGGUCAUGGUUCUGCAAAAUUAGCUCGUCAAGCUCAGUCCAAGGAAAAAACUCUUGCAAAAAUGAUGGCUGGUGGUUUGACAGAAAAGGUGAUUUCAGACAAAAGUGUUUCUUUCUAUUUUCCAAGCUGCGGCACUAUUCCACCUCCUGUCAUCAUGGUCCAGAAUGUAAGUUUCAGAUAUUCGGAUAAUGGACCAUGGAUCUACAAAAAUUUGGAAUUUGGCAUUGAUUUGGACACUAGACUUGCCUUAGUAGGGCCUAAUGGUGCCGGAAAAAGUACUCUUUUGAAGCUAUUAUAUGGAGAUCUAAUUCCAACAGAAGGCAUGAUUAGAAAGAAUUCUCAUCUGAGGAUUGCCAGAUAUCAUCAGCAUUUACAUGAACUUUUAGAUUUGGAUGUUUCGCCCUUGGAAUACAUGAUGAAAUCAUUUCCUGAAGUCAAGGAAAAGGAAGAGAUGAGGAAAAUUAUUGGCCGUUAUGGAUUAACUGGAAGACAACAGGUUUGCCCAAUAAGACAGCUUUCUGAUGGCCAGCGAUGUAGAGUCGUAUUUGCUUGGUUGGCAUGGCAAGCCCCUCAUCUCUUACUGUUGGACGAACCCACCAAUCAUUUGGACAUGGAAACCAUCGAUGCCUUGGCCGACGCUAUUAAUGACUUUGAAGGCGGAAUGGUGCUCGUUAGUCACGACUUUAGACUCAUUAAUCAGGUCGCUGAAGAAAUUUGGGUGUGUGAAAAUGGAACGGUAACGAAGUGGAAAGGUGAUAUCCUCAAUUAUAAAGAGCACCUUAGAAGCAAGAUCACAAAAGAAAACGACAAGAAUGCGAAGAACAACCGAAAAUAAUGUAAUGAAUUUAUAGGUUGAUUUAUUCACUUUAAAAACUUAUCUGAGGAUUUUAACAUUUUUAUUUAUUUAUUUUCGAUUAUUAUUUUGUAGGAGCUAUUCUAUGUCGCUUUAUUUAGUUGCUUAUUUAUAGCAGUAUAUUUAUAUAAAAAAGUAGGUAUUAAAAGUUUCAGUAUCGUUUGUUAGUCCACUAAUUUUUCAAUGAAAAGAAAAAUCUAGUUCUGGGAGUUGUGUAUUUACUUCGUUCGUUUUAGAACUAAAAGCAUAUCGUUUGUUCUACUACUUUUACUACCACAAAUUUUGCAUGAUUAAAAAAAUACUACUUAAUAAAAUUUGAAAUAGCUUCAAUUUCGAAAAUAGGUAAAAUCAAAUUGUAAUAAACCGUAUAAAUAAACAAUGAAGUAUAAUUGUGAUUGUUAUUGAAACUGUUAAAGUCCUUUUGAAAUAAAAACAUUAAAUCCAA